ACCGCUAAAUUACCUGCUGUACCUAUCCUCAUAACUCCAACGCUCUUUCUCCUUUUUGUCGGAGAAUUACCUACCUUACUCAACUAUGGAAUACAACAUGGUCCGUGGUUUUGACUCGGAACGGAAGAUGGAGAAGACGACCGGGAGUGUUUUCGGACCUUUACCCGAUCAGGAUGUAAGUUAUAAUUUCGUCCUUUUUGAUAUUAAAGACGGUAGUGACUUAGGCUGCUUGCUAGCCCGAUAAUGGAAUGGAUAUUGACAACAGUAUGCCGGAUGUGUCCCCCACGAUGCGCUCCGCUUUGGAUAACGCUUCAUCGGGAUAUGGAUCUGAUGUUCGUAUUCCGGAUGGAUUGGAAUCCACGCUUGAAGGGGGGGAACGAAAAUACGAGGAAAUUAACGGUAGUGCACUAGGAGCGAUGUAGGAGGGGAUUUGUGCUGACUGAGUGACUUGGAUUUAGAGGCCUCUGGUGCACCGGGUCCGAGCCAGCAGAUGGAGGUUGAACAAAGCAUUUUAGGGGGUUCUCGCCUCCAGUUUCCACAAUUCAACUUUGCUCUCGGGAAGCUCUCGCCGGUAUGGGAGCCGUGGCGUCCCUCGUGCCACGAUGAUUUAGACACCGAAGAAACCGGUUCUUCCAGAAGGGGCACGGUGGAGCAGAUUCCGGGUUCUGUCGGUCUAGGGACGGACACUGGUAUUUUUUCUGCCUCAGAGGCAUCUGGUAUUCAAGAGGCAACUAUCGAGGCUGGUUUUUGUGGGGUCGACGUGUCAUACCCGAAUGACCAAGGCUUAGACGGCACAUUCUUGAGCUCUUUCAAUCAGGAAAAACGAUCGGCUGUCUCGGCACAACCGGUGGUGAAGCUGUCGCUGAUUGAUGUGCGUCAACCUCCCUCCCUAUUGCGAGAGAAUUCUGCAGUCCCUAGCCAGAAGGAACGAUCCCCCCGGGACAAGGAUCCCUUCUCCUUUAGAUUUCCUAUGCGUGUGCCUGAAGCGCCACCCAAUGUCGGAUUUUCGUUCUCACCUAGAUUGGAUACGAUUCCAAAUGGAGAACCAGAGGUGUACGGGACCAAGUCUGAUCGGAACAGGUGCGGAAACUCCCGAUCAAGACUAGUGAAGACUGCAAAGCGUCAUUUUCGUAGCGGCACUAUAUCUCCCGAUCUUUCACGUUUGGGCGUGCCUGUUGAAAUGAGUGGAAUGACAGGAGAAACUCCACUUACGGGGUUUCGGUUUGUCGAACCUUAUCAUUCGGGUUCUGGCGGCCUCGUAGCUAGGGACCUAGAUUCCACGGUAAGGGUAUCCUGGGUGGUUUAAUCCAUAUGAUAUAUCUCCCGUCAUGGUGGCUAAGUGGUUUUUGGUUCACGGGAGGUACUAAUUUAAUGUGUGCCUUAGUGUUUGUUGUGUAGUAGUUCCAAUGUUUCCCCUCGUUGUCACCCGUCGUUCGAUGGAGGGUAUACCGAGUGGUGUGAUCAGAAACUGUCCGAAAACACUUGUGGUGGGGUUCAAGAGGCAGACCGAGAAGCUGGCUAUAGGCGGCAUAUACCCCGAAAUACCGAUGUGCAGGUUUGGGGCACGGAAAUAACUGUUACCCGAGAUGGGUUGCAUGGUAAAAGAGGGGUUGAGGAUUGCUCCCUUAGCUCUUGAGCUGGUCGGGCUGGCCUUGCUUUCGCCGUUAUCAUCUUUAUGCCCCUUCUGGUCAACAGGGGAGAGAUUCCUUGGGGGACGUUGUCGCUAUUGUCAAUUAUUUGGGCAUGAAACCAGAGGUUUUUCUAUUUACGGAAGAGGACGCCUAGUGUCGCCUUGUUGGGGCCUUCAUAGGAGUAUCUCCUUCUGCUCAGUAUUUGUAUUGAGGCUGUUCGUAGAGGUCUAUGGGUGGGUCUAAACAGGAGGGAUCAAACUUAUAGAGCUAGAGAAAUCAAGGGAUUAUUUUACCUCCAACUUGCACAGACAAAGUUAGUGAUCACUGGGCAGGCUUCGGUGAAAAUCGGCCCAGACCGGGGGUGGAUGGAGGUGAUUUCCCGAGCUCCUUAGCUGGUGGGGUCCCUGGGCUAGCGUGGCCCUCUUCCAGAGUUACAUAUUUGGUGCAAUGUUGCUAUCAGUGUCGUGUCUCUAACCACGCCAAGAAUAAUUUCUUAACCCUAGCCAUUAUUGCUCUGUGGAUCAGGCUGAUGACAAUACCAAUAAAGUUUCGGUUUUGUAGUGCUGGGGCGUUUGGUGCCAUGCUUGGUAUCACAUUCGCUCGUGCUGCUUUAUGGGGUAUCACUUUGCCCAUGGCGUUAAAAUUAAGGCAGCUACUCGAAAAAUUAUGAGCAUUGAGGAAAAGGGUAAAGUACGGCCGAAAAUCCCCCUAGGAUAAACCUGGAAUAUGGGCUUGGUGACAGUGAUGGAGGGGGAGGAAAUAGGGGUAGGAUUUGACAAAAAAGUGCCCCGUGGGUGAAGUGUACGCAUCUCUCUUGCUGGAGAAGUUGAUCCCAGGGCGGUUUACCAGACAUUCUAGUGACAUCCCAACCAGUGAGGAACGCUUUGACCGCGGUAUGAACAUUUUCUACGAGCUUCUCUGAACUGAUAGGUAGGAUUUUGCUCGCUGGGAGUAAUGGUGAUGCGACUCAUGCGAGGGACGACGUUGUACGGAUAUUGUACGGUAGUGGAAACUCUCUCUAAUCCGGGGCAAACCGCACCAGAUAGAGUAAGAGAUGAUUUAGCUCCUGUAUAA